AUGGCCAAAUAUAAAAAAGGUUCGGAUUUCAGAUUUUGAUCAUUUUAAGAGAGUUAGAAUAAAUUCUUUUUUUAGGAAAAGAUGCGAAGUAUGCAGAUAUGAUUUGCGAUGAUGAUGAAGCUGAUGUAGAAUUACCUAUGGCUCGGAAAAUUGCUGAAACUACUAAAGAGGUGGGAAAAUUUUCAUAAAAAGCAGACCAAGCCGGCUUAUUGGGCUUUAGCCAAACCAUAAAAACUUCUCUAAAAUUUAAUUUUCAGAAAGAUCAAGAAAUUCAUGCUUCGUUCUUCGAUCUGGAUGACAAACCAUUUUCAGCAAUAAACAAAUCAAUGUUGCCCAUUUAUAUUGAAGAUCCACACACUUUGUGAGUUUAUUGAUUUAUUUUUGAGCAAGUAAUUUUGCUAAUGCAUUAGAAGGACAGAAAAUGAGCUUCAUUUAUUUGCAGUUUCAAUGAGUUUGGCUUUCGAAAAAAUGAGGACCAUGAAGAAACGGCAAGCUCUUCGACACUUGAAAAUACCACGCAUAAGUAAGUUUUCUCCUUUCCUCCAGGAAUCCUGGAACAAAAAAAAGAGCAACUUUUUUUUCCAGAAUGAAAUUGAUCUCUUUAUUGCAAGACACAUAUCCGGACAUAAAACAAGAUUUGAAGUGGUCGAAUAUAAAAGGAGAGGAUUUGAAAAAUGAGAACUUUGAAAAAUUGUUGAAAGAAGGAGGCAUACCACAUUCGAUGAGACCGUUUUUAUGGCCAAGAUUAUGUGGAGCAACGAAAAAACAAAAAGAUGCGAAAUAUACUUAUGAAAGUGUCCUUAGACAAUGUGCACAAGAUAAACCAAGUGUUGGUGAGUGAGAAAUUUCAUUACUCUUCUUUGUUUUUAAAUUAAUUCAAUUUAUUUCUCAUGAAUUUUCAGGCGUUCAAAUCGAACGAGAUCUUCUGCGAACUCUCCCAAAUAAUAUUUGUUUUUGGAAAAAGAAUUCUCACGGUGUGGAAGCACUUCGGAGAAUUCUGAAAUCUGUCGCUUUUAUUUAUCCCGAUCUUGGAUAUUGCCAAGGAAUGGGUGAGUUUUGGUGCGGGCUAAAACAGGUGGAAUUGGAAAAGAGAGAGAAACAUCUAAUUAAAAAUGUAUGCGUAAUUAGAUUUGUAGAAUAUUUUCGGUUAUUAAAAAUCAGGAAAUGGCUUUCAAUCUCAAAACAAAGUUCUGUCUGAAAAAAUCUGAAUUCUAAAAAAAGCAGUUUUGCCAAUUCCUAAUGGAAUAUAUUGGUCUAACAUUUUCUUUUUGUUUUCUCGCUAAAUUUUAGAUUUUUGGUAAAGCCAUAAAAAUACCCAUAAAACGAGUCAGAAUUUUUUACUGAAAAAAAUUACGAAAUUACAAAUCCGAAUUUCCAGGUGUAAUAGUCGCAAUCUUGCUGUUAUAUUGCUCCGAAGAAACAACAUUCUGGAUGAUGACAGCAUUAAUCGAAGACAUCCUGCCUCCAAAUUUCUAUAGUCAUACUUUGCUAGGUCUUCAAGCUGAUGAACGUGUAACACGACAUUUGAUGAAGUGUCAUGUUCCAGAUCUCAACAAAGCCUUGGACGACUAUGAAGUUGAGGUAAAUUCAGUCUUUCUCAAAUCCAAAGAUCAUUUAUAAAUUUUUAAAAUAAUUUUCAGAUUUCACUUCUAACAAUCAAUUGGCUGUUGACAUUAUUUGGCUCUGUUUUUCCAACAAGAGUUUUGUUGCGUGUUUGGGAUUUCAUUUUCUAUUCUGGAAGUGUGAAUAUUUUUAGAGUGAGUGUUUUUUGAAGUGUUUGAAUGUUCAAUGAAAAAAUGAAGCUAAACAUGAUUUUCAGGUAAUAAUUUCGAUUUUGAAAAUGAGAGAGGAGGAACUCGUGGAAAUUGCAAAUACCACACAAUCUUCUGCAGAUAUUUUCACAGCAUUGAGCCAACUUCCAACUUCAGUGAGUUUUUUAGAGACUGUUAGAAUUUAAAUACUGCCUUUGACCCGUAAUAUAAAACAAAAUCAGCUAAACAAACAUGAAACACUAUUGAUUUUUUUAGGUGAAAGAUGUUGAAAAAGUUAUCGAAUACAUGGGAUCUUUUGAAUUCACAAUUACUGAUCAUCUCAUCGCUGAACUUCGUAAAAAACACCAAGCAGUUCUGAUGGCAGAUCAGGGAAUGAUUGUUAACACCUCAACUGAUACAAAUUUGCCAAAACAAACAACACAACGAAGAAAAUUGACAAGGUCAAAGUCGAUUAUCAAACAGAUUUUCAGUUCGAAAGAUGAUGUAGGUUUUGUUAUAACAUCAUUAAAUUCUCAUGAAAUUAUAAUUUCGCAGGUAUCAAAUGAUCCCAAGAUGAAAAAUAUUCGACAGACUGAAAUUUUGGUGGAUUUGAAAGAAUCGGUUUUGCAAAUUUGUCGAUAUUUUAUUUCUUGCGAUGAGAAAAUGGAAAUGAAUGUGUGCACCCAAGCAGAUUAUAGUCCAGAAAGUCAUAAUAAAGAUAUUGAAAACUACUUGAAAGGUCGAAGAGAGGGUGCAAAAAGAGCAAGAGCACUUCUAGAUUUCGCACGACAAGAUGAAGAUGAAUUAGGAUUCCGGAAAAAUGAUAUUAUAACUAUUAUUUCGGAGAAAGAUGAGCAUUGUUGGGUUGGAGAAGUGAAUGGUUUACGAGGAUGGUUUCCUGCAAAAUUUGUUGAAGUUGUUGAUGAGCGAGGAAAAAGUUAUACAAUUUAUGGGGAUGAAGCUGUGUCUCCAGAAAUCACGGAAUAUAUCAGAGGAAGAUUGGCGAAUAGUUUCAGACAAAUAAUGGAUCACGGAAUCAGGGAGAAUGUUUUGUAUUCUACAAUGGCUUAUCACCCAUGGUCAUUUAUUGAGGAUAUUGCGUAUUACUCUGUGGAGAAAAAUUUCAAUUCGGUGUAUUCGCGGUUGACGCUAUGCAACACUUUCAAUCUUGAUCAGGAUGGAAAGAUUUUGACGCCAGAGGAAUUGUUGUUUAGAAGUGUACAGAUGAUAAACGAUUCGCAUAAUGCUGUCUCUUCACAUUCAGAUGUGAAAUUAAGGUUAGUGGAUAAUUGGACUAAGUGAAGAUGAAAGAGUAAAUUUUCAAUUUUCCAGAAGUCUUCUUGUCGUUGGUGUAAAUGAACAAUGUCUCCACCUCUGGUUUGAUCUCCUGUGCUCUGCGAAUCAUCACGAACAUAUUCGAAAUAAAUAUUAUCAUAGCUGGGCAUUCAUCAGAUCUCCAGCUUGGCGUCAAAUUAAAUGUGACCUCCGACUUUUGGCACAAUUUUCUUUUAAUUUAAAUAUGCUUUUUGAAAUUGAAGGAAUCGAUAAGAAAAAGAAGAAAUUUGUGAACAAUGUGAGUUUUUUUCCGAUUCUCCCAUGAACAUGUUUCUUAUUUUCAGCUUCUUACAAGUCAAAAGAAGAAAAUUCUAUCAACAGUAGUUGCAACUUCAUCAGAUAAUAAAAAUUCAGUAGAUGAGCCGCUGAAACAAGGUGUUACUGACAUGCUUAUCAAACAUCAUUUAUUCAGUUGGGAUUUGUAG